AUGGUUUCCGCAGCAGGAUUGACCACUAUAUUGGUGCCGAACGACUACGGCUAUGUUCUCCUCGUCGCCCUAGGACUCGUGCCUCUCUUGUCAUUUGCUCAAGGAACAGUUGCUGGACAACUGAGGAAAGCGGCUAAGACGCCUUAUCCCAAUCAUUACGCUUCGGCACAGCAGGUCAAGGAGUCGCGCGACGCAUACAAGUACAAUUGCGCUCAGCGUGCUCACGGCAACUUGAUGGAGCACAUGCCUCAGACAAUCGCAUAUAUGCUCGUCGCGGGUCUCGUUUAUCCACGUGCCACCGCAAUCUCGGGUCUUGGAUGGGUCGUCUCCAGAGCUCUGUUUGCGUACGGAUACAUCACCAGUGAGAAGCCCAACGGCAGGGGACGGUAUCUCGGAAUGCCGUACUAUGCUUCCAGCUUGCUCUCUGGGGCAUGGCUCUUGCUGUUGGGGGAAAGUUGA